AUGGGGCAUGGGGUGCGGGUAUGUCAUGAAAGCGCCCAGCGUGACACAGAUGGCACUGUAGAGGCUGAAUCCAUCCCCGCCUUUACCAGGGAGGACGAGGGACCAGCCCAGUACCUCUGCCUGGGCCUGCGACUGGCUGACGUAGCACUGCGUGCAGAGGUACACAGAGAUAAGAGCAUCGAAACACGCGUGCCCCCAAAAAGAGGUUUCUGCUGGCAAACGCUCUCCAAAAAUAGCCCCGAGUCCGCCUGUGACAGCAGCUGGAGGUCAGCAAUGGAAGGAGGCGCCGAGGGGCUUGUUCGGCUGAACUCGGGCUCCAGCCACCUCAAAGCCUGUUUGACGAGAACUGGAUGUACAGGCACGGAGCACAGCUCUGUUAUUCCUGAUCCUGUUGCGCGGAAGCUAAGCGGAUACUUACCACCAGCUGCAAGCCCCCGGUUUCGCCACGCGGCACAUGACGGGCGGGCGGGUGGCGCGGCCCGCUCGUCACCGCUGCUCCUGCGCGGGGGGGUUCUCAUUCUUCUCUUUUUGGGGUGGUUUCCUUCCUGCAGCUUCCUCCACUUGGCGAUUAUUCACGUAGAGAAAGCCCUGAGCCUGGAGGUGAUCCGGCAGACGGCCGGCGACCCGGCCUUCCUCAACUUCCAGAACAACCUCGGCCAGACUCCGCUUCACCUGGCUGUUAUCACUGAUCAACCUGAAAUUGCUGAGAAUCUUCUGAAGGCCGGAUGUGACCCAGAAAUUAGAGACUUCCGAGGAAACACACCGCUCCAUAUUGCCUGUGAGCAGGGCUCCCUCAGAAGCGUCAGCGUCCUCACGCAGUACUGCCAGCAGCACCACCUCCUCCCUGUCCUACAGGCAACCAACUACAAUGGACACACAUGUCUCCAUUUGGCAUCUAUUCAAGGGUAUCUGGCUGUUGUUGAAUAUUUGCUGUCCUUAGGAGCAGAUGUAAAUGCUCAGGAGCCAUGCAAUGGCAGAACUGCACUACACUUGGCUGUAGACCUGCAGAAUUCAGACCUGGUGUCACUUCUGGUGAAACAUGGGGCAGAUGUGAAUAAAGUGACCUACCAGGGCUAUUCCCCGUAUCAGCUCACGUGGGGAAGAGAGAACUCCAGCAUACAGGAACAGCUGAAGGAGUUGACCACAGCUGACCUGCGACUGUUGCCAGAAAGCGAGGACGAGGAGAGCAGUGAAUCGGAAUCUGAAUUCACAGAAGAUGAACUUAUGUAUGACGACUGCCUUAUUGGAGGACGACAGUUGGCAUUUUAAAGCAGAGGUUUCUGUGAAAGGAAGUGACUGUGUACAUAUGUAUAGGAAAAGGACUGGCAUUCUUCAUUUAAAAAAAAAAAAAAAACUGUGGAAAAAAAGUACAGAAAUACUACACUGCCCAGCAAGAAGCACUUAAUUGUAACAGCAAGGUUCCACGUUCUGUCCUGUGUUUACAUGACAGGAGUGUGAUAUGUAACAUCACUAGAAAUCUGUGAUUAUUAACACGACUUGAUAAGGAACCCCGUAUCCAAAAUUAUUAACAGUAUGAAGAAAACAAGGCUAGAGAUCCAGCGUACUAUUUAGAGAAAUGCAUUCAAGAGCUGUCUGUAGAUGUUUAAUACUACGAGGAAUACUUGUCCACCCAUGACAAGAUGGGCUCAUAUAAGCGUCCCAUCUUCUUGGAAAUUGUUUCUUAGAGUUCUGUUGGGCUGGUGAUACUUCACCUUAUUGACUGACCUCAGCUGCUCUGUGGGGUAUAGCAGACAGAGGAUCAACCAAAGGAAUGACCUCUUGGCUGUUAUGAGAGAGGUAGCAGUCGUGUUAACUGUGGGCAUUGGAAACGAUGUGUUUCACACAAUGUGUGUCAUAAUUGCUAUACUUUUUAGCAAUUGUAUAGCUUGUAAAUACUGUAUAUUUUGUUUAUAAUUAUUUUGGUACAUGUGAGAUGUAUUUAUUAAAAAAAAGUCAAAUUAC